GACAUUAUUUGUGCGGAAAGAAGUGAGUUGCCCGCGAGCUUUAGUCGACUUUGUGCGUCUAAAGAGUGCGGUUCGAAGGUACAAAACUCGAACGAGUGCCAAGUGCUAUGUUUGCCCCCCUGCCAGCAUGUUUGGCGCUGCUGGCCGUGAUAAGCCAGCGGGUGAAGCUGCUCCAGGCCGCUCCAGCACCGUUUCCAGCAAUUGAGAAUGCUGCCUUCACCAGUCAAGAUUUAUUAGCCGAAGAGUCGGCAGUCGUGGCCUGGCCGCAAGAGGCGGCGCCGCCUGGCCUGAGCCAUGUCCAGCACAAGCGUCACCGGCGACAUCACGGGGAUAGCAGUAACCAUGGAAACCAUCAUCACAAGCGGCACUGGGAUCAUCAUUUCCCCGGUGGCUCGAGCUGCCACCAUGGCAGCCAUGAGGGCUACGGUCCGGACUUUGGUCACCAUCACGGACAUGGCUUCGAUCCGUAUCCGAAUGGCUUUGGACAGUUUCCGGGCUUUGGUCCGCCCGGACAUGAUAUACAGCAGCGGCCCUUUAAGGCGGAACUGGAGCCAUUUAGGGACAACAAUGGAGGAGCGCGGCCACGCAACAGCAGUGUAGCUCCCCCCACAGCAGCCUCCACAACCACUUUGGCACCUCCACCCGUCAGCAGCAGCACCACAGAAGACAGCACCUUGGCCAUUGACAUACGAAUUGGAUAGCUUUACACCUAAGACCUCAUUCUGUUUUAUUCAUUCAUUUGCCUGGCAUUAAAGCUGCUAAACUUAACCACAA